AUGAUCAAAGGUCGUUUAGGACGAUAUUUAAUCAUAUUUGCUGGAUUGUAUUUUACAUGUGUUUUCGUCUUUUUCCGUUCGUUUACUUCUGACAAAUCUGAUAUUGUUUCAACAUCACCACGAAUUCAAGCACAUCUCGUCAACGAUGACGCUGAACUACAGAAGGACAUUCCACAUCAUAUAGCUGUUCGACAGAUCGACAGGGAUCAGAAUUCCAAACAGAUUUCAAAAGUGAAAAAAAGGAAAAAUGUUCGUUCGAAACUGGAACCAUUUAUGACGAAAGGUGUGUUAGGAAAUUAUGAAGAACAAGAUGUUCGUCGAGUUACAGGUCCUGGUGAAGGAGGUGAAGGAGUGGUUUUGCAAGGAGAAGAUGUUAAACUCGGUGAACAAUCCGUUGCAGAAUAUGGCUUCAAUGAAGUUGCAAGUGAUAAAAUCUCAUUGGAUCGUCGUGCACGUGACACAAGGCCAGCUGGAUGUAAAUAUUGGAAUUAUCCAAGCGUUGAGAAACUACCGACUGCAUCAGUUAUUCUGGUGUUUCAUAAUGAAGGAUGGUCAACGUUAGUCCGAACGAUUCAUUCUGUGAUCAAUACAAGUCCAAAAGAAUUGUUAAAAGAUGUUAUUCUUGUUGAUGAUUACAGUGAUCAGGAGCAUAUCACUGUUCGUUUACCAGAAUAUAUCAAACGAUGGAAUGGUCUUGUUAAAUAUACUCGGACUGAAAAACGUGUUGGACUUGUCGAAGCUCGUGUGAUCGGUGCUCGAAUUUGUGAAGGUGAUGUUAUUGUCAUUUUAGAUGCUCAUUGCGAAUGCGUAACUAAUUGGCUACCACCAUUAUUGACUCGAAUCGCACUGAAUCAACGAACUUUAGCUGUGCCGAUUGUCGAUGGCAUUGAAUGGAAUACGCUUCGACAUAAUACCGCGUAUGGCGGAACACUUUAUCGAGGCAUCUGGGAAUGGGGAUUUUUAUAUAAAGAAUCUGAAUUAUCACAACGGGAAAGAAAUUUAAUGAAACAUCCAACUGAACCAUAUAAGAGUCCAACUCAUGCUGGCGGUCUACUUGCGAUUGAUAAGAAAUGGUUCUUCCAAUUGGGUGGUUACGAUCCAGAUAUUAAAAUUUGGGUUAGCUGCAGUCAUGUUGGACACAUCUAUCGAGGCCCUCGUCGGCGCGCUAUGCAACCUCGAGACGGAAAUCCUCAACAAAGUCAUAUCAAUCAUCUUCGUGUUGCUGAGGUAUGGAUGGACGAAUAUAAAGAAUAUUACUUACGACGAAAUCCGCAUCAUGCCCGUUUGGACAUCGGUGAUACGAGUGCUUAUAAAGCGAUACGCCAAAGUUUGAAUUGUUCGAGUUUUAAAUGGUUUUUGGAUGAAGUUGCUUAUGAAAUGGAAGCAAAAUAUCCGUUGCCUCCAGCAAAUCUGGUUUGGGGUGAGAUGCGCAAUGAAAAUUAUUCUCAAACAUGCGCUGAUGUAUACGACAAUAAGUAUGGUCGACCAAUUGGUGUGUCCGGCUGUCACCAUCAAGGUGGUAAUCAAUUGUUUCGUCUAAAUGUUGAAGGUGAAUGGUCAGUAGGUGAACAUUGUUUUGUAUCCGAAGGCACAACCGUUGUUGCAAAACAUUGUGUACAAAUGGGCCAAUGGAUACCGAAAGGUGAAUGGACGUACGACAGUCAAAUACGACAAAUUCGCUCAAAGAAAGUUGAUAAAUGUGUUUCAACGAAUGGCCAACGAUUAUUUUUAGAGAUUUGUGAUGAGAAUUCAGCAGCUCAGAAAUGGGUGUGGAGUGAAAUUUAUCUGAGCUGA